CCAGCCAAAGCGCAUGGUGUCACAGAGCGCAAUGUGGCGGCUGCUCGCCUUCAUCCUGCUGCCGGUAAUCAGGCUUUAUUUCAUCGGUGUCAAAGUGCUCAUCUACCAGCUACUUCACAGAUCCUUCACUUUACCAGUUUUGCCCAGGCAGAAUGGGAGGGUUGCCAUAGUGACGGGAGGAGCCAAAGGAAUGGGCUAUGAAACUUCUCGACACCUGGCGAGCCUGGGCACGCAUGUGGUCAUCGCUGGAAAUGAAGAGGAUGACGGUCUCAUAGCGGUGAAGAAAAUCCAGAAGGAGAGUGGACACAGAAAAGUGGAGUUCAUGUGCCUGGACUUGGCCUCCUUGAAGUCCGUGCGACAGUUUGUGCAGAGGUUUAAAGCCAAGGGACUGCCUCUACACAUUCUCGUCAAUAACGCUGGUGUUAUGCUGGUCCCAGAAAGGAAGACCGAGGACGGAUUUGAGUUGCACUUUGGACUGAACUAUUUGGGCCACUUCUUGUUGACCAACUUGCUGCUUGACCUGCUGAGAGAUUCUGGGCAGAACAGGAGGCACUCCCGCAUCGUCACAGUGUCCUCAGCCACUCACUAUGGAGGAAGACUUAAUCUAAAUGACCUGCAGGGCAGGUCAUAUUACAGUUCCCAUGGUGCAUACUCUCAGAGCAAACUGGCCCUGGUGCUUUUCACCUACAACCUGCAGGAGCGGCUGUGCACUCGAGGUGAUCCGGUAACGGCCAACGCUGUGGACCCUGGCAUGGUGGACACAGACUUGUACCAAAACCUGUGUUCCCCUGCUCAGCUGGCCAAAAAACCUGUGGCCAAAAUGCUCUUCAGGACUCCGGCCGAAGGAGCGUCUACGGCUGUGUACGCAGCCGCCGCGUCUGAGCUGGAGGGACUCGGCGGCCUGUACCUGUACAACGGUCAGAAGAAGAUCUCCUCAGCGAGCUCCUACGAUAAGCAGCUGCAGGAAAAGCUGUGGACCAAGAGCUGUGCCAUGGUGGGGCUUCAGGAAGCCUGAGGAACAGUCAAACAUCUUCCUCAUGGAUGAGCGUUCUGGUCAUGAUUACCACGAUCCUUCGCUGGCAGAUUCAUUUUGCACUUUGUCUCAUACUUGGUAUAUUGUGUGAUAGCAGAAGGAGUUCUUACUUUUUCCUUUGCAGAUGAAGAUCGAUUCUUCUGUCUGAAAGUAAAUAAUUCCUCACGAAAAAAAAAGGACAGAUCGUGUACCGUUUCCAAGCCCAGUGAAUCAUGAUUCUGCACUAUCGGAACUUUUCUAACAUUAACGCUAAGAUCCAGAAUCAAUGCAAUAACAUGUCCUACUGAUUUGCCAAGCUGUGGCUUUUAAAUUACUGUAAGGAAAGAAAAAAAACUUGACCGGUGGAUCUCAGUUAUGUAUCGCCUCAAAAAAAAAAAAAAAAACACUCUCUCUGCCUCUCUGUUUUUAUUUUAUCCUUCAUCGGAGGACAAAAAAAAUUUCGUCUCGUGCUGUCUUCAGUGGAUUCCCAUGUUCCUGUGCGCUCCUUUAUCUGUUAAAUCAAACACGCGCUAACUCUUUAAUGACCGAUCGAAAAACAUCGCAGACGCACAGCCGGAAAUGCUUCAGCAUCGGAAAUUUAUUAAAGCAUUUUUUUUUCUUCCUUUAAUUCUACGUAUCAUCAAUGUUAAUCAUUCCUGGUAGAAUUUUUCCUUUUCGUUUCUUUUUAUUAUUUUGUUUAUCUUGGUGACUGUGAUGUGUUUGAAAAAAAUGUGAUUGCAGUGUCGGAACAGUUGUAGUGUUUGUUUGUUUGUUUGUUUGUUUGUUUUUCAUCACAUUCGAGAGAAAAUCGCUGAAUUUUAUAAAUACUAUCUGGAGCUUUUGGAUACGAGACGUCGACACUCGAGCGAGUCUUGAGUAUCCAGCUGGUCAUGGUCUCGUUGUGGAAUUAAGUAAUUAUUUUGGAUAAAUGAAAUGAAUGAAGCGAUGGAAAGAAAUAAGAAAUGAAUAGAAAAAAAAUGCCUUCUAGUUUUCUAGCUCCGUUGUAUAAAAUACAAAGUGACUGGGAAAGCACGAACUCCCCCAAGUGCUGCUUCGACCCUGCAGAAAAUGUCACUUGUAUCCGUGUCAAAUGUUACUGUGUUCAGUGUCUGUAUUUCUGUGUAAUUAAGUGACCAAUGAGUUGAUCGAUCAUGUGCUCAGAAUGCUGUAACAGUACGCUUAACUUGUCUCACUGUUCGUCUUUGUGUCAACUCCAUUCUUCUGAUUUUAACCAAUCACAAGCCUGGAUUUCUUACGUUCCCGGCACAGAUACGAUCUGCGCUCGAUAAUUAGUCGAAGCCGUUUGGCUUUUAUCCCAAAUGCAAAGGGUAAUUACAGCCGUAAUUGCAGCCCUUGCAUGAUUGCUUCCUCGCUCGGCUACCAGUCGGUUUAAUUAGCUAGGGAUAAGAAGGUAAGGGAUAAAUUCGAAACGGUAUUGAGGAUUGAUCAGAAACGUGGUUUAGAGGGAGAUAAUUGCGCACAAGCUCUUGAUUAUUAAAGGCAGCCACCGCUUACUGAGAAUGGUUUGAUCGUCUAUAAACGGUGCGAAGUGUUCAGUCGAGUGAUGUGGGUGGAAAGAAAGAAAGAAAGAAAGAAAGAAAGAAAGAAAGAAAGAAAGAAAAAGUAAACGCAUUUCCUCCAGUCGAAAUUUCAAAACGAAACGUUGAAAUUAGUGUUAGUUCAGCUGUCGGGUCUUUAUCUGAUGUGCGAUGUUGGUGGGUGGAGAAUUAAAAUGAUUUUUUAUUUUUGUUAAAUGACAAACAAACAAAAAAAGUAUCGACGGUUUGGUUCGGAAACUGCACCGUGUACAUCAGCCACGUGUUCUCAUGCUGAAUGGCAUAAAAAUGUCGUGUGUGUGUGUGUUUGGCUCUUCACCGUAGGAGUACGUGAGUCAUCAAAGGCUGAUGGGUCACGUUUUCCCUCAGCAGUGUGGGCGAAUCAAACGGAUCCGUUUGAAGUCCCGACACACGGUUCCUGCGUCUUUCACACAUCAUAACUGAGCUGAAUUUAAAGGCACUCUCGAGACCCGACACACCAGUACACAACUUCCACCUCACCGUAAAUCAAGCCUCGAUUCAAUCUGGCAACCCAUAAUUCAAGCAUAUACAAAGCGGAAACCCUUUCUUUAUGUUUCACUACAUUUUCAGUAGGUGGAAUUUACAUCAAAGCUUAAAUAAGCGUAUGGAAUAAGAGUCAUGCUCUGGUUUUUGUGUAAAAACGUGUACUUUGUUCCUAAAAGACAUCACCAACAGGAACCAUCUUGUAACAUGGUUUAUUGUAUCCUAAUUUUUUCCUGUAUACUUAAAACAUUUUUUUUUCCAGAAUAAAAAUAUUCAACAUUG